AUGCACUACAAGGUGGCCAAGUUGAAGAGUGGAAGGGUAGCCACAGUUGCUCGCCACUCCACGAGGAAGAGUGCUCGGCCUCGGACUGAGGCAUCUUCCAUGCCUUGGUGGAGGAGAAUCUUUCGCAGAAGAAAAUCUCGAAACCGCAGGCGCUACAGUUCUAGACAUACCCGUUUUCAAACUUGGGAACAAACGCAAAGCCUGUCGCUCCCUGCCUAUAGCUUUCCAUCGUCCAACUCAAGCUCUACAUCUGAGAGCUCUUCGAGUACUACGGGCUCAUCACUCUCUAGCUCGGCGCUCGAGCAACCAUCUCAGACAAAACAGACCUCUCCGGUCCGGUCCACCCGUAGGCGCCGGCAUCACUCGGCUCGACGACAUGCCACUCCAGCAUCACACCGUACUUCACCCAAUUGGCGACUAGCUUCGAUACCAGCACCCUCUUUCGACAUUCCACGCUCCGCACCCUCUCCGCCCCCUUUGCUACCUCCGCUGCCCGACAACAUCCCGCAGAAGAACCUCAAGCCGCGAGCUAAGCGCAACUAUGAUCGUGUACUAGUCUGGCAGUAUCGUAAUCAGCAUGGCGACACUACUGAGAAGGCUACGGAUGCGCUUGUCAAGCAAGGGGUCAUUGACCCCCCGCCACCGCCUGCUGACGCCAAUACUGGGAUUGAUUGGACAGCAAGCCAUAAUGUCAGAGCCGAAGCCUCUUCUGCAGAAAAUCUGAGACGUGGAAGAGGAAGGAUCGACUAUAGACACAGACGUAGAGGACGAAUGCCGGCAAGACCUGCCAAACAAGGAUACAGGAAGCCCCGAGACGACGACCUUCCUGGAAAGACGGAAACUGUUAGUGUCAGCCCGGCUCCGUUGGCUCCAGAAUCCAUGUCUUCUCCAAAUCGACAAAAACCUCUGCCAUAUUCUAGCGCUCCAAAGCACCUAGCAAAUCCAAGCAGAAGUGGAAGUCGCUCAAAACAUAACAUCAUGCCCGACGUCAUAUCCACGUCUGUUAGCAACCAUCCCUUAACGAAACCAACCAGCCGUGAGGCACAUAAGCAACUACCUACGCGAUCAUCGACAAAGCCUCCCAGUACAUCUUCUGGCCAACAUCACGACUAUAAGUCCCCAAGUCGUUCGUCCCGGACGAAUCCAGUUCCACAUGAUUCGACCAGACAACAUGACACGGUUGCAUCUCAAGCCCAAGAUCCUCCACCCACAACUUCUCAACAGCCUAUUCCCACGUCAACAAGCGGGGUAGUGCUACUACCGGGAACCCAGCCUAGCAGUCGAGGACUAUCGGCAAUUCAACAGCCAGGGGCUGAGGCGCAACCGAACACAGCACCAACGCAAGCAGCCGUGAAAGUCAGCAAUGCCAAUGCAAAGCUUGCACCAGACGCUUCCGCCCUGCUUGCGGUGCUACCUGCCCACCAGCCCACCAAGCAAGCAGCAUCAGUGAUGCAGCUUUCCAUCGACGAUACGACCCUGGCUUCAGCCCAGACCCAGGCCGACACGCCACGUGCAAACAUGGUCCCGGACAUUCGUACGACGUUGGUGAAUGAUCUAACUCGAAGUGCCGUACCUGGAACAAUCAAUGGUACGAGGAGGGAUCCACAAGAGGGCAAACCCGCCGCGAGCAGCAGCCAAAAGCCCGGAGGUCCUCCGCGCCUUACGGAUGACCUGACGCGAAGUGUUAUCCCGGGAGCACCAGGGAACCCAACCAACGCUGCGAAGCCAGCUGCCGUGCCCGGCCUAGCCCCGCGACGUCCAGCACACGAUUUGACGCGUUCUGCCGCCCCAGGAGAUCGACUUACCAUGCUGCUAAACAAGCCCUGGCGAGCGGGUAUAGACUGGAGCCACCGGCACGGCCAGGCCGGACUUGCCAUUAUCGGGGAACCCGAUUACAUCCGGGGCCACAAUUUAUGGAAAUUCCACAGAACGGGGAACUGGGGCUCCCUCGGACGCUGGACGACCAAGAUCGGCACCAUGAUGUUCGGCCCGCAAAUCCUCGCCCAACGCCACAAGCCUUCUUCGUUUGACCAACCGGACGUGCUCGCACCAAGGCGUGGCCAUUAUAGAUCGAGCCGGCGCUACAGCUCGACCACCUCGGAUCUAGGCACCGACUACAGCACCGACCAGGACUCCCUCUGGGACACCAUCUACGACCGCGAUGUCCCCGCGCGGGGCCGGACCACGUCCCCGAUCCCGGGCGACCUGCGCGAACUGGUCCAGCGGGACCCGAGCCCGUCACCCCGCGGGCGCCGACGCCAGGGCCAGGGCUUUGGGCCAACCCUGUCCCACACGAUGCCACGCCGCCGCCACAGUAGCCCGGAGCUGGGCCUUGAGGGCCGCAGAUCCCGGGCCCCCAUCUUCACGGUCAGUAUGUCGCGGUUGCUGCCCCGCCGCCUGGAGGAUAAGCUGGAUCUGUGCGGUGAGGCGGCAAGGGCCCGUCCGCCGGUCGAGAUUGAAAGCGAGGAAGAGGCGGUGCAGAUCGCUCGGGGGAUGAGGCGGCUGGAGAAGCGGGCCGUGCUGUUGGGGAGGGGUGCCCUUCGGAGGGGUGGCUCGAUGUUGCGGAGAAGGAGAAGUGGUAGAUACGAUCAGGAGAUGCCUAAGCCGAGCUCUCAAGACAGUAGUAUGAAUGAGGAAACAGAUCACAGUGAAGACAACACUGAGGACGAUGACGUGGAGAUUAUGGGUCAUAACGAUCACGUCUAUGAUGUUUGA